AUGGCUAAGGAAGUAAAGCUUCUGAGAUUUUGGACAAGCCCUUUCUGCGGAAGAGUGGAGCUUGCUUUGGAGCUCAAAGGAGUUCCCUAUGAUAUCUUUGAUGAAGAUCUUCCAAAUAAGAGCACACUGCUUCUUGAAUCCAGUCCAGUUUACAAGGAGGUCCCUGUUCUCCUUCACAAGGGAAAUCCCAUUAUAGGAUCGAUGACCAUCAUCGAAUACAUUGAUGAUGCAUGGGGUGGACAUCCCAUACUUCCCAAGGAUCCAUAUGAGAGAGCUCAAGCUCGAUUUUUCGCCAAGUUCAUUGAUGAAAAGUGCAUUCCUACAUUUCGGAAUUCAUUCUGGAGUGAAGGCGACCUGCAAAAGUCAUGUCUGGAGAAAUCAAAGGAGUACCUGAGCAUUCUAGAAAAAGAGCUUAAAGGUAAGAAAUUCUUCGGAGGGAAUUCUAUUGGAUAUCUAGAUAUUGCUGCAGCCUACAUUGCUCAUUGGGCUGGAGUUUUCCAAGAGGUAGCAGAAGUCGAUCUCUUCGAUAAGAAAAACCACCCAAUAUUAUGGAAAUGGUCUCAAGAUUUUGUAAAUUAUGAUGUUUGCAAGAAAUGCUUGCCACAGAGAGAAAAACUUUUGGCUUUCUUCCAACCUCGAAAAGAAGCCAUGAAAGCUUAUGUCAAGCCUUCUGCAGUUUGAUUGGUUGGUUGCAACUAGAAGAUUGACAGUAUUUGCAUGCAUGGUUUUGAAUA